AUGAAGACACUUUAUGGGCAAAUCGAUGAUGAGAGAAUGCUUGCUCAAAAUCAUCUGGAGAUGCUUAGAAACGCGAAUACAAUUAUGAGUUUUGCACCAAAAAAAACGUUUUCAAUUGGCGAUUAUACAGGGAUUUCUUUAAUGUCUUGGAUUUCGCGGAAAUUCUCCCGCAAUACGCCGAGAUUCGCUUGCGAUUUGCGCACGCUUUUGAUGGAGAAAUAUUACUGUUCACAAAAAAAAACGGUGAACUCGUCGAGCACUCUUCAGAAUCGAUUUCAAAAGAAAAAGCCAAAAUAUCUC